UUUAUGUGGGACUCAUCUUGAAGGCCAAAGGCCGCUGUGCGAAAGCCCUCCCAGGUCCCAAACGGGCACUUACUACUCCUCCUGUUGUGUAGCCCCAUGAAGCGAAAAGAAAAGUCCUCUCAGGUCCCAAACGGGCACUUACUACUUCUAGUUGGCUAGUUUUUGUUUCCCUCGGGAGAUCAGCUAGUCAUCGUCGAUCAACUCGUUUGAAUUUCCCCCGCAUUAUCUUCUUCCGAAGCCACUAAAAUCCGGCUUUGCAUCCAACUGACAGAGAAGAAGAAGGAAUCUUUUGACACAGAAGUUUCCAUCAAUGGCUUCGGAUUCAGCUGAAGCCAUGAAACCAUACAAGCUAAGACAAACCCUAACAGGACACAAGCGCGCCAUCUCGAGCGUCAAAUUCUCCGAAGACGGCAAGCUCCUGGGCAGUUCAUCGGCUGAUAAGACUAUUCGUCUAUGGCGUCCUUCCGACGGCUCUUUCAUUCAAGAGUUCGAAGGCCACGAACAAGGCAUCUCCGAUUUUGCUUUCUCUUCUGAUUCCCGUUAUGUUUGCUCGGCUUCCGAUGACAAGACCGUGCGUAUAUGGGACGUCCAAACCUGUUCACUCGUUAAGACUCUUAAUGGUCACACCAACUAUGUUUUCUGCGUGAACUACAAUCCCCAGUCGAAUAUGAUUGUUUCGGGUUCGUUCGAUGAGACGGUUAGAAUAUGGGAUGUGAAGACGGGGAAGUGUUUGAAGGUCUUGCCUGCUCACUCGGACCCUGUUACAGCCGUUAAUUUUAACCGAGAUGGGUCCUUGAUCGUUUCAAGUAGUUAUGAUGGUUUGUGUAGGAUUUGGGACGCAUCUACGGGGCACUGUAUGAAGACUCUCAUUGAUGAUGAGAAUCCGCCGGUUUCCUUUGUGAAGUUCUCACCUAAUGGGAAGUUUAUUCUGGCUGGGACGUUGGAUAAUACAUUGAGACUUUGGAAAUUAGUCUUACCAAUCUAG